UCCACUGAACAGUGCUACCAACAGUUCUCUCUAAUUUCGUGGGUGUUUGUGAAAAGUUUGUCAAUUUUUUUAGAAUAAUGGAAGUUGAAAGUAAUAAUACUGAAUUGGGAGAAAAAAAGUCUUACGCCGGCAUACCGGAAGCUGAAUUUGUCGAAGAUGUCGAUUCUUACAUGAAGAGACCGGAAAAUAAUGGGAACGUAGACGAUGUAUUAAAAAAAUUAGAUAGCCAGCAUGCCAAGUACAAAUUUAUGGAAUAUAACCUAUUGUCAAAAAAGAGACGUUUGCAGACCCAAGUUCCAGAAUUGAAGAGAUCUCUCACCAUGAUUGAAAAGUUAGAGGAACAGAAAGAGGAAUUCGAGACCCAGUUUUUGUUAAGUGAACAAGUUUUCGCGAAGGCCAAGGUUCCUCCGACAGACACAGUUUGUUUAUGGUUAGGUGCAAAUGUUAUGUUGGAAUAUAGUUUAGAAGAUGCCAAGAAACUCUUGACGCAGAACAUUUCGGCAGCCUCUCGAAAUCUGAGCUAUGUUGAACACGAUUUAGAUUUUCUGAGGGAUCAGUUUACCACGACAGAAGUGAACAUGGCAAGGGUUUUCAACUGGGAUGUCAAGAGACGUCAGGCUGCCAAGGCCGCAGCGAAAUGAGGGAGUCCGAAUUAGACGUUCGACUAUCGAUUCAUCACACCAUCCGAUUCAUAUAUUU